ACACCAGACUAUAACUGAUACACACAGCCAAAAAGUUAAUUCAAGUUGCGCUCAAAAAAAAAAUAAUAAUAAUAAUAAGAAUGGAAAGCAAUCCGAACAUAAAGGGAAUACUCAAGAUGGGCGAGAGUAAAACGGUCGAGAGUCGGAGGGCCAAAUUCGAUGAGAUGAAUGUGCUGGAGACAUUUCAUCCGGCCAACAAGGACUACGGCCACAUGAUAAUCGAUGAGCCAAAGACCCCGUUUGUGUUUGAUGAUGAUUUGCAGCAUGAAUUGAACACGGAAACACUGAUGGAAAAACUACGCAUGGCCGCCGAAUCGGAGACUCCAUCGUUUGGCAUGGAUGUCGAUUCGGAUGAUUCCUCGGACGACGAAGAUUUCCCAGAGUCCAUUGAUGAGAAAGUGCGUCGCAAGGAGUUCGAGCGUCGUCGCAAACUCCACUACAAGGAGUAUUUAUCGGUAGCGCUCGCACGUCGACUAAUUGCCGAGGAAUUUGAUGUUUGGAGCACCACAGAGAUUAGUAUUACGGAUGAGAAAAUGCCGGCCAUAGAGAGCUGUUCGAUUGAGGAUUGCCCGUCGGAAGACGUAUACUCGGAAGGUUCGAUGGCGUUGGAGGCCCCAAUGGGACUGUCAUCAUUUCAGGAUGAUGGCGAUGGAACGCCCGAACAAGUGGAAAUGGAGCCGGGCGUGAAACCCGAUCAUCCUUGCUAUCAAAAGCUAAUGGCUCAAUCCAAUCAUCGACUCCAAUCCACAACAACAGCUGGGGUUGAGACGGGAGACAUCGAGCUGCAGCAGAAGUCAUCCUGAAUUGAGAAACGCCAUCUAUGCCAUUAAAUUUGUUAUAUGUCAUUUAACCAAUAUUAAGUUGAUGUUCUGCUUGUGUUCGGCUUGUGGCGAUGUCUAUUAAAAUUGUCCUGGCCGGAACUUGUGUGAGACUUGUCAGAUUAGCCAAUUGUAAAACACAUUUAGCUGAGGCUCUUUUCCUGCUUUCAGUCUCUCAUUUAGCUUCCUGAAUAUUAAAUAAUGUCUGCUUGGCUUGUUGUGUUU